AUGCAGCAGCUGUUGGCGCUGCACAUGGCGUCGGCCGCCAUGCCGCCGCACGUGCUGCAGUACAUGGGUCUGCUGCCUGGCGGUGUUGAUGUUGACAUCACCGGAUAUGAUGACGGGUCCAAUGUGACGGGCGAGGAUGUUCUGGAGUUGCUGCUCCAGCUCACCGAGGUCCGCAGUGACUCGGACCUGCGUCUGUGUCGGGAGCCGACCGAGGUUCGCCGCAAGCGCGACCGGAAGUUCGCCUGCCCCAAGUGCCCGAUGGCGUUCUCGAACCGCGGCAGCCUGGUCGGCCACUUCCGCAAGCACACAGGGGAGCGGCCAUUCGAGUGUGAGACGUGCCACAAGCGCUUCACCCGCAACGAGGAGCUGACCCGCCACACACGUAUCCACACCGGCGACCGGCCGUUCGGCUGCGAGAUCUGCUGCGGCAAACGGUUCGGCCGCAAGGACCACCUCAACAAACACCAGCGCACCCACACCGCGCCCUUGUACGCCGCCGUGGCGCCGGGGCUAGCCGGGCUGACUCCGCUGGAGCUGACUGCCUAUUUGAGGGGUGGCAUGUUUGCCGCACCGUUCUUCUAGCUGGUGGUGGCGCCCGUGCCUCGAGAGCUGUGAUAAAUGCUCGCCCGUUGGAGGGGCUCGUGCUGUGCGGUACCGUGUGAUGGUGUCUUGCUUUUGAGGGGUGGUCGCGUGCGACGCUGGGCUCGGUUCGCCUUGUGAAGUGGGUAUUGGUGACGCACUGAUAUGAACAUUACUGUUGAUAUUGCUCAGGUACUGAUAUGGCUCAGGCUGUAUUGCCGAAACUGUUUUUUACAUUGUGUUGCAUGGGUCUCAUAUGAGUUUAUAUCUGAUUUGUAAAUGGCUGAAUACA